AUGCGUGCAAGUGCCAUGGAAAUUCAACCAAAUGCAACAUGGUCGACGAAUGGUAUCACUGUUGCUGGAGGAAAUGGAGAAGACAGUAAAAGCAAUCAACUCUAUAACCCAUGGGGUGUGUACGUCGACGACGAUCAAACGAUUUAUGUCGCUGAUCUGGAUAAUAAUCGUAUUAUGGAAUGGAAAUUUGGUGCAACAAAUGGCACAGUAGUUGCUGGUGGAAAUGGAGAAGGGAAUGGAACUAAUCAAUUAAAUAACCCAGCAGAUGUGAUUAUCGAUAAAGAGACCGAUAGUCUCAUCAUCUCCGAUUACAGGAAUAAAAGAGUAGUUCGAUGGCCUCGUCGCAAUGGUACUCAUGGAGAAACAAUUAUUACAAAUAUCGCUUGCGUUGGUUUAACAAUUGACGAUAAUGGUUACCUCUAUGCCGUUGACUUUGAUAAACAUGAAUUGAGACAAUAUAAAAUUGGUGAUACCCAAGGAACAGUGGUUGCAGGUGGCAAUGGACAAGGCAUUGUUGUAGCCGCUGGUAAAGGAUAUGGAAAUAGUCUUACACAAUUGUAUUAUCCUCAAGCAGUCGUCGUUCAUCAAUUGGGUACUGUCUAUGUGACUGAUGCCGGGAAUCAUCGAAUCAUGCGUUGGCCAAAUAGAGCCAUACAAGGAAGUGUCAUUAUUGGUGGAAGUGGUGAAGGAGCUCAGUCCAAUCAACUAAGUUUUCCCGUAGGUUUAUCAUUCGAUCGACAUGGUAAUCUCUAUGUCGUCGAAUGGAAAAAUAAUCGCGUACAAAAAUUUAAUAGCACAUAA